GAUCGCAAAGAAAAACAAGCGCCAAUGUGUGUGCCAUGAAAAUAUAGAAAAGUUUUAUUCGUUAUCAUAACAAUUUGUCAUUAAUAUUUCUAAAAACAUGUUAUCGUUGAAAAUUAAAUAAUCGGUAUAUGGAUACUAUUGUUAAUCGAUGCAACGUUAGGUGUGCCGCGUCUGCGCAUGUGCGAAAUCUCCUCCCAUGCCGACGACAACCGUAAGUAAAAGGAAUGGAAAAUGCCAGCUUAACGCAGUACCAGUUCGAAUUCUGUCUAAGGUAUAUACCGGCACGCACGCUCGUAUCGACGAAUCUCUAAUUACUGGUUCGAUUUUCAACAUGGCUAUUUCACUGUCGACGGAAGACAAAUUGGAGUAUAACUUCUAUCCGGUGACCAGUGGACAAGUUCAAUUUCGGGUAAAAGCACCCAACGAUGCUCACAUCGCCCUUACCACUGGUCCCCGUGAGGAUGAACCCAUGUAUGAGGUUAUCAUCGGUGGAUGGGCCAACUCCAAAUCCGUCAUUCGUAAAAAUAGAACCAAACCGGAAGUUGCAGAAAAAGAAACUCCAGGAAUCUUGACAGCUGACAAUUUUUGUGGAUUUUGGAUAAGGUGGCGCGAUGGCGAAAUCACAGUUGGUAAGGAAGGUGAACAGAGUGCGUUCUUAUCCUAUACCGAUCCUGAACCAUUCGGUAUAGGUUACUUUGGUGCUUGCACUGGCUGGGGAGCCUCAGGAGAAUGGUUGAUCGAAGGUCUCAUACCUUUGAAAACAAAAGACGAGCUCGUUUACAAAUACCACGCGGUACGAGCCGGCGCUCUUCUCAUCGAAGUCAAGGCCCAAAGCAAUGCGCACAUUGCUUUGACCGAUGCAAAGAAGGAAACUAAUCCGAUGUACGAGAUCAUGCUUGGGGGAUGGGAAAAUACAGCGUCCGUCAUCAGAUACGAUCGUAAAAAGCCGGACAAGGUACGCGUGGAUACCCCAAACCUCCUCAACCAGAACGAGUUCAAGAGAUUUUCGAUCUCUUGGCUCGACGGGCGCAUCACGGUCAGAUCCGGCGAUCAACGCGGACACGUAAUCAUGGACUGGUUAGAUCCAAAUCCGAUUGGCGUCAGUCACAUUGGCGUACGCACCGGUUGGGGUGCUAAAGGAGUUUGGAAACUUCGAUUCGAACAGAACUUGGAGUAUCCUUCUCCCCUCGGUUCCUCCUCUCACAAUCAGAAAAAUCCAAAUGUUGCACCUUCCGCCCCAUUAGAAGUCCGAGGACUUGAUACCGGAAGUCAUUGCUGGUGCGAUGCAACAAGUACGAUGGUGGUCCCUCCAGGUGGCGUCGAAGGAGGAAGAGACGAUGAGCCUUUGUUCGUAGGUAGAGCUCAUCAUGAAGGUGCUCUCUUACCUGGCAAGGUGAAACCUAGUCACAGCGUUUGCUACGUUGCCUGGGGUGGCGCCGAGCAUGCAAAAACAGAUUAUCAGGUACUUUGCGAUUGCCAUGUAUCUUGGGUGUCAACAAGUGGUGGAAACAUUCCGACAAAUGCAAUUCCAGCUGGAGAAACGGAAGAUGGGGAACCUUUAUUCGUUGGUCGUGUACAUCAUGAGGACACUCUAACUAUCGGCAAGGUUCAAGCGUCUCACGGCGUUUGUUACAUACCUUUUGGGGGUGCUGAGAUCGGCUUCCCCGAUUAUGAGAUCAUGGUUUCUCAAUAAUUGUUAUUCGAUGCGCUCUAAAAGUGAAAAUCUCCGCGUUCGAUCCAUCGAUUCAUUUCCUUAAUUAUAUCUUCUUUAUCAUACUUUUACUUUCCUCUAUGCUAUCUUAUCAUCAUUUGGAUAAUUGGAAAAGUAUAUAUUCUUUUCAAAGAAUCUUUUUUUCUUUCUUUUUCUAUAGACAAGAAAAUUUAUUAAAGACAAAAGAAUCUCCUUAGGUCGUAAAUCAAUUGUCGUAAGAAUUUUAAAUGUCUAACUUAAUCUUUCGAAGCAAAAGCAUUCAUCGAUCGAUGGAAAAAACUAAAGCAAACAAUUUCUCAAUGCAGUCAAUAGCUUUCGCGUAAAAAUCAUGGCAACCCCGUGUUGCUGCUGUAGGGCGAGCAAGCCAUUGCCGAUAUAUAUAUAUAUAUAUAUAUAUAUAUAUAUAUAUAUAUAUAUGUAUAUAACUGAGCUAUGUAUUUAACUACGUCGUUGUUAAUCUUCGUCGGAAGAUUUGCUAAUAAUUUGUUGUUCUUUCAGAAAAAAAACGAUAUAUUUUUUUCAUCAUAGCAACAUAGUUUUCUAAUGCACACAUUCGCUUCGUUGGAAUAUAUAUUUUUAGAUGCUGUAUUGAUGAUAAUAAACGAUUAAACGAAUGUCUCUAAGAAUAA